AUGAAUUCAAUUAUUACCAUUUUAACUACUUUACUUAUUAAAUCUUUAGCUUAAGUCAUUAUAGUUUAUGAUUAGAAGAACGACACAAUUUAAUAAACAGCUAAUACUAUUACUUUCAAUAUUACUGCAACUUUUCCAACAUCCUCAGAUAUAUAAGUGGAUGUCUAAUUACCUAGUUAAAUAAUUGGUCAAGAAAAUAUUGUAUGUGGUGUAACAGGUUUGACCAAUGGAGCUUGUAAUUUAGUUUACAGUAAAUUUAUAAUCACUUUUAAAUCUGCAACACCUACUUUCUAAAUUAUUUUUAUAAAUGUAAAUAAUCCAAUAACUACUUAUACUGAUCAAGUUCAAUUAAAUGCUUCAGUCAUUGCCACAAAAUCAGUGAUCUUCACAAAGCUUGUCCAACUGAAAUUUCAGUUCAAAAAUGUACCUCUAUCCAUAAGUUAACCACUCACUACCUACAUUGCAGCUCCUUUAACAAUAAAUAUAGAUGGGACUUCUAUUACAUUCCCAACAUAGUCUUAAAUAAUAAUAACUACAAACGGAGUAAUUGAUAAUGUAGCUAAAUUGACUGGCAUAGUGUUUGAAUCAAUAAAAAUUUAAGAUAACACAAUAGUCAUCAACAAUGCUUAAUUACCAUCUAAUGCAAAAACUACUUUUAGUAUUUCCAAAUUUAUUAUUAAAUCUAAUGAACCAAUAAAUUAUAAAGUAGAAAUAUUAGACUCUAACAAUGGAUAUAUUACGAUGUUUUAAACUUCUCAAACAGUUUAAACAAUCAAUAACAACUAUGAUUACACAAUGUCAGCAGAAAAUUAAGUAGUUGGAAUGCCAACUGCAAUUAAAAUCAUAUUAUGCAAUCUAGAUGAAUAGAGUAAGUUUAUAUUAACCUCAUCAACUGCUAAGCUUAACUAUGUUACUUCGUAUGAGUCUAAUUGUCAUAACACAUUGAUUUAAUAAUUUACUAAUCCAUUUUCGUUGAAUUCCAUUAGCUUUGAUUUGUAGGUUACUCUAAAUAAUUUUGAUAGCCUCAAACGAUCUAUUUCAUACACUCCAAUUAAGGAUUAAAUAACAAUGACUAUGACUUAGAACACAACUAUAAUGUUAAAUUAUGCACUAGUUAUAUUAUCUUUGUAAUUGAAUUAACAAUACAGCAACUUUUUUAUAGAGUUGACAAACUCAUACACAACAAAUAGUUGUAAAAUAUAGGAUGCAGAUUGUUCUUAAAUAAAUAACAUUUACAAAUCUAAUCUUUUGGACUAAAAGCUAACUAAAGUGAUAAUAAAACUGGAGGUAUUAUUGCCUGGUUGCGAUUCUUAUUAUUUUUAGACUAAACUCAUCUAUUAAAAUUAAGAAUUGGCAACAUCUAAUUAAAUAGCUCCAUAAUUAGUUAAAUAUAAAUUAACAUCAACAUUAAGUACAUCUUCAUUUAAUAUUGGGGAGGAAUCAGUUUUUACCAUAAAUGGGUUGGAUUCAACAUAAAUUACAACAUAUUAUGUCUCAACGACUUUAGCUGAUUUAAAAUGUUAAGACUGUAUUUAAAAUUAAAAUUAGUUAUAAUACGGUUAGGUGAACAGCAUUCAAUUUUCAGCUAAUAAUUUAAAGAAUGUAAAGCCUUAUACUAUAACAAUAAUGGCAUACAAAGACUAAUGUUUAAUUGCAGAAUAAGUUUUUAGAUAGUCAGCAAUCGCACAAACAUUAUAAUUAUCAGUAAUUACUGAUAAUAAUUAUUAAUAAGCCCAAGGUAAUUGGCAAAUAACGAUUGCUCCUGAUUUACAGGAUAAGGGUAUAAUGAAAAUCCCAUUUAAUCUGCCAAAUAAUUAGGAAAAUAAGAUCAAUGCCACCUCUAUGUAUAUCAAUUAGACAUAAUAUACUUUAAAUAUGAUUAAUUAGUACUUCGAUAAAGAAGAGAAUUAUUGGGAAGUAGGAUAUUAUAGAGAAGGAUAUCUAUACGCAUAUGGCAAUUUGACCUUGCCUUAGUUGAAUAUUAUGGAGUUUAAGAAUUUGAAGAUAACAAAACAAAAUACAUAAAUUAAUGAAACAGAUAACAUAACUAUAACUUUCGAUACUUAUUUCGAUAUUCCUGUCAAUGGAUAACUACAAUUAGAUGUAACUGAUGUAUAAUUGAGCAAUCUUAAAUUAAAUGGAGUAGAAAUCAAUAAUUAAGUUGUAAUUCCUAAAGGAAAUUAAGUAUUAAAUUUUUAAAUAUCGUUUUUGAAUCCAAUUAGUAACUAUUCAAAACCUUUUGAUCUUACUUCGUUUAAUGAAUUAGGAAAGAUAUUAUAAAAAUCUAAAAUUCAAUAUGCUUUUAAUUAUGGAUGCAGUAUUGAAUAAUGUGGAGUUUGUAAUCUAGCUGAGUGUGUUUCUUGUAAAUCCACAUUUACAUUAAUUAAUAAUACUUGUUAGUUAAUCUGUAAAGAAAAUCAGAUUAUUGUAAAUAAUACAUGUGUAAAUAAAUAAAGUAAUAAUAAUACCAACAAUGUAAAUGAUACUAAUCAGUAAAACAAUAAUAAUACCACAGCAGACAUAAAAAUUCAGAGUAAUGAAGACUCUUUUGUUUUUACUCCUCCAAUAAUUAGCCCAAUGGUAGUUCUUAUAUACUUAUUUGCUUUAUCUCGGAAAUGUUGGAGUAGUGAAUCAGAAACCUUUAUAAUAUUUUAUUCUUUAGCAUCUGUAAUGGAACACAUAAUCCAUAUAUUUCUAUUCAUUUAUUUCUUUGUUACUUUAGAUUUGAUAUAUGGAUUUUGUAUGAUAUCCGUAAUUGUGUUGCAUUUUUCAUCGUAGAUUUACAUAGUCUUCAUGAAUUUGUUUAAGAUAGAUCCAGAGUAUAUUGGGAUUCGCUAAUAAAGCAAUUGGUUGAAGAUACUCCAUAUCGUUUCACUUACUUUUUGUGGAAGGUUACUAUUGUUAUUAAUAAGCAAAUUUGACCAAUCUUAUGUUUGGUCUACUCCUUGGACAUUUAAAAUAUCUGUGCUUCAAAGGUUGUCUAAUUAUUUGAAAUUUUAAAUAAUAGCUUAGAUUGGUGUAUUAACUUUAGUAAUAUUGGUUAUACUACAAAAAUUAUUCCUACUCUACAUUGAAAUUCUUAGUUUUCAAAUUAUAUAAACUGCAGUUACACUAUAUGCUUUCAACCAUUUGAGAAAUCAAAAAAAUUAAGAAAUUAGAUACACAUACGUAUGA